AAAAAUUAAAAAAAAAAAGGGGGAAUAAUCAUCUUCUCCAUUCCUUUGGUAGCCCAAACGAUUAGUAGUACCUCUCUCUUUCUCUCUCUCUCUCUCUCUCCGUUUCACUAUAUAUGUACUGCUUCAUUCAGUUUGUUUUUCAUAUCAUCCUUCUUAAUCUUUCCCUUUUUGACAAGUGAGGUUGGUCCAGUAAUAUCUUGGUGGGUUCAAAGUUUAGAUUAGAAAUUUGGGACCUUGAAAAAAAAAAAAAUUAAUUUCAUUUUACUGAAAAUCUUAGCUGGGUUUUGAUUGAUCUGUGAAUAUAUAUAUGGAGGAGGAAAAAAUGAUAGUGGUGAUAAGAGAGUUGAAUCCUAACAAAGACACCAAAGCUGUGGAAGAGCUAGAGAGGAUGUGUGAGGCAGGUUCAAGUGGGAAAAUGUCACUCUUCACCGAUCUUUUAGGUGACCCUAUUUGCAGAAUCCGGCAUUCACCUUCUUUCCUCAUGCUGGUUGCUGAAAUUGAAAUUGGUUAUGGUUCAAAAGAGAUCGUUGGGAUCAUAAGGGGUUGCAUCAAAACCGUUACCAGUAGUAGUAGAAAGCUUAAUACCCGCAUUAACAAUGGUGAUGAUGAUGAUCAUCAUGUGGCCGCUAAUAAAUCCCUCACUCCCAUUUGCACUAAGCUCGCUUCCAUUCUUGGCCUUCGAGUUUCUCCUUCUCAUAGGGGAAGAGGAAUUGGGACAAAGCUGGUUAAUCAAAUGGAGGAUUGGUUCAUAAAAAAUGGUGCAGAAUACUCCUACAUGGCCACUGAGAUUGAUAACAAACCUUCUCUCCAUCUCUUUACUAAGAAAUGCCACUACACCAAGUUCCGUACACCUUCCAUUCUGGUCCAACCGGUUUUCGCUCACCGAGUCAAAACGGACAGAAACCAAGUCGCCAUCAUCAAACUCACCCCCACUGAAGCGCAGGGUCUCUACCGCCGCCGGUUCUCCACCACCGAGUUUUUCCCUCAGGACAUAGACCGAAUCGUUAACAACAAGCUCAAUCUUGGUACCUAUCUGGGUGUUCCAACUCAGUCUUACUCGGCCGAGUCAUGGCCGGGUCUCGACAAGUUCCUUUCUGACCCGCCCGAGUCGUGGGCCGUUUUAAGCGUAUGGAACUGUAAGGAAGCGUUCACGUUGGAAAUUAAAGGCGCGUCUCGCGCACGUCGAUUGGCGGCGAAGACGACGCGCGUGGUGGAUAAGGCGUUGCCUUGGCUGAGACUGCCUUCGGUGCCUCAGGUGUUCAGGCCGUUCGGGUUGGUUUUCUUGUAUGGAUUGGGAGGGGAAGGCCCACGCGCGGAGAGAAUAGUGAAAUCGCUGUGUGGACACGCACACAAUAUGGCCAGGGAGUUGGGUUGUGGAGUGGUGGCGAGUGAGGUGGCAAAACAAGAGCCGUUGAGAUUGGGAAUACCUCACUGGAAGAGGCUAUCGUGUCCCGAGGAUGUAUGGUGCAUAAAGAGGCUUGUUGAGGAUUAUGGAGAUGGGCCUCUUGGGGAUUGGACCAAAUCUCCUCCGGGCCUUUCCUUGUUUGUGGACCCGAGAGAAUUCUAAAAGGCAAUCCAAUUUUGGUUCAAAAUAAACUAUAUACACACACAGCAAAAGAAGUGUGAAGAGAAGCCUUUUUGGUUCAACUUUGCUGUGUGUGAAUAUGACUCUUUGCUACUAAUAGUAUGUUUCUUUUUACGAAUAUGUAUAUAAACGGCUUUGUUUAAAUAUUGACUUUUUUGUUCUUU